CGGAUUUCCGGAGCUCAACAGCGGCUCAACAGCGAUCGUCUUCAGGUUGGGGGCCUUCUGUGGAGGAUCAGGAUCAGCUGAACUGUAGAAGAAUUAGUGCCAUCUUGUUCUAAGUCUGUGUCUGCUCCUGUUGUGGACUUUCCUACCUGGCUGAAGUUUGUGUCUGCAAACAUUCAGUCAGAAGAUUUCACAAUCAAUCAAUAUUCAACUUCUAAUAGGUUAAGCACAAGGCUCCCAGAAGAACUUCCAGUACAUACAAAAGUAAUUGUAUAUUGUAUAUUACACAGACCAAUGAUGCCAAGUUCAGGCAAGGAGAAAACUCACCACUGUUUAGAUUGUGGGAAGAGUUUUACUAGAUCGAGUGUACUCAAAGAACACCAGCGCAUUCACACAGGAGAGAAACCGUAUCAUUGCACAGAUUGCGGGAAGAGUUUUAAUCAACAAGGUUCUCUCAAUGUACACAAGCGCAUUCACUCAGGAGAGAAACCCUAUCACUGCCUAGACUGUGGAAUGAGUUUUAAUCAACUGAGUACUUUCAAAGAACACGAGCGCAUUCACACAGGAGAGAAACCUUAUCAGUGCUCAGACUGUGAAAAGAGCUUUAAUCGACUGGAUACUCUCAAAAGACACCAGCGCAUUCACACUGGAGAGAAACCGUAUCACUGCUUAGACUGUGGAAGGAGCUUUAAUCAACUGAGCACUCUCAACAAGCACAAGAGUAUUCACACAGGAGAGAAACCACAUCACUGCACAGACUGUGGGAAGAGUUUUAAUAGAUUGAGUGCUCUCAAAGAACACCAGCGCAUUCACACAGGAGAGAAACCGUAUCACUGCUCAGAAUGCGGAAAGAGUUUUAAUAGAUUACGUGCUUUCAACAUACACAAGUGCAUUCACACAGAAGAGAAACCGCAUCCCUGCAAAAACUGUGAGAAGAGUUUUAAUAGACUUGGUGAUCUUACAAAACACCACCGUGUUCCCACAGAAGAGAAACCGUAUCACUGCACAGAUUGCGGGAAGAGAUUUAACCAUCAGGGUUCUCUCAACAUACAUCAGCGCAUUCACACAGGGGAGAAACCGUAUAACUGCACAGAUUGCGGGAAGAGUUUUAAUCAACAGGGUUCUCUCAACAUACAUCAGCGCAUUCACACAGGUGAGAAACCGUAUCACUGCUUAGACUGUGGAAUGAGUUUUAAUCAACGAAGUACUCUCAAAGAACACCAGCUGAUUCACACAGGAGAGAAACCAUACCACUGCUUAUACUGUGGAAAGAGCUUUAAUCGACUGAAUACUGUCAAAAGACACCAGCGCAUUCACACAGGAGAGAAACCGUAUCAGUGCUCAGACUGUGGGAAGAGCUUUAAUCAACUAAGUACUCUCAACAUGCACAAGCGCAUUCACACAGGAGAGAAACCGUAUUAUUGCACAGAAUGCGGGAAGAGUUUUAUUAGUUUGAGCGCUCUCAAAAAACAUCAGCUCAUUCACACAGGAGAGAAACCGUAUCACUGCACAGACUGUGGGAAGAGUUUUAAUCAACUGACUAAUCUCAACAUGCACAAGCGCAUUCACACAGGAGAGAAACCGUAUCAUUGCUCAGAAUGCGGGAAAAGUUUUAAAAGACUGAGUACUCUUAACAUGCACAACUGUGUUCACACAGAAGAGAAAUCAUAUUCCUGCAAAGACUGGGAGGAGUAUUAAUAGACACAGUGAUCUUUCAAAUAACUACAGCGCAUUCACACAGGAGAGAAACAAUAUCGCUGCUCAGACUCAAAGUGACUUAAUAUUAUAUAAAAAGACUUAAUAUUUAUUUGCAAAUGCUUUUCUUGUGAUAACUGCAUGAAGACGGUGACCCACUGACAUCACUUAACUUCUGCAUUCUUUUGCUGUAAUGCUUUUCCAGGCAGUAUGUUUUGGGUCAUUAUCUUGCUGCAUGAUAAAGGAUCUUCCAAUCAGUGUGGUUGCACCAUUUUUAAAACUGAAAAACAAAAUGUUUCUGUAGACUUCUGUACUUCAUUGUACAUCAAAGAAGAUUAAUGAGACCAUCCCAGAAGCUGGUAUGUUUGGGAUCAUGAGCAGAUCCUUAUUUUCUCCAAAUAAUUGUCUUUCCAUCACAUUGGUAAAAGUUUAUCUUUGUCUGUUUAGUCCAUAAUAAGUCCAUAGACUUGUCUCUGUACUUCUUGGCAAAUCCUAGACUGGUCUUCCUCUUCUUCUUGAUAUAUAUAUAUAUUUUUUUUGUAUUUUAUUUAUAUUUAUGUUUGUGAAAUAGUCAUUGUGAUUCCUUCACUCCUGCUCUCUGGAGGUUGAUGGUAAUGUCACAGUUUUCUUAGCUUUACAAUUGGUUGUUUUUCACCCAUAGACAUUUUCUCCUCUAACUAUAAAUGCUUAGUCUGCACAGGGAACACCCAAAUCUAAAACUGAGUGUAGACAUCCAGUGUUAUUUAUUGUUGAAUAAUCAAAGUAUCCGCACACACCUGGCCGGAUGAGUGGGUUUAGGCAGAAUUUGCUACAUACAAAUCCAAAUGUAACAACCUGGAAAUAAAAGCUAAAAUGUU